GUGCGUGCUACUCCCACUUGCAGCGUGGACGCGCACCAUUGCCGCGAGCUGCAAACGGUUGAUUACAGUAGGUGUUCGCGUUGCCACGAAAUACGCUGUAACGGCUACACUUGUACGUGUGAUUUAAGUGUGCUUUUUGUGUGUUUAAUGUGUUCGGAGCUUCUUCCAUCACUGGGAUUAUACAAACCUUUGUGCCUCAGAAGGUAGAGAAAGAACAAAACAAGUGGAACAAUAAUAAAAAAAAACAAUAUAUUUCGAAAGUGUGAGAACAAGUUUAUUCCUUUCUGUGCGGGUUAUUUCUUCAAGGACACUGGUGAUUCAAGUGCAUUUAUUCGUAUUAGAUCUUGAAGGCAAGGUCCAUAGUUCAGCAUCAGCUAACGGAUAACAAUGGCUUCAACAACAGGGAUGAAAGUGGAUCCAAGCGACCCCAACGUGAAGCGCCUUGUGUACAACAUGUACCGAGGGAUGCUGGGGACCUACAACAACAAAGCUAACGAUAUCAUUGCUGCUCUGCCCAAGGAAAUGGUGCGAGAAGACGAGGGCAUCGCCCGACAGCUGGAGAGCAUGAUACGUCAGUCCAGCCAACUGUCCGGAGGAGGAAACACUCCCAGUCCAGGACCUCCGAGUGCCCCAAUUUCAGGAAAUGGAGUGACAGAGAAUAGUAACUCAGCACCGUCAUUUCCAGCACCUCCCCCACCACCACCUCCAGCCCCUGGCCCCUUACCUACAGUACGACUUAGCACAGAGAUCCCUGACACAAGGGGAGGCGCAGGGUAUGAACCUCCAGCUGCAAUACAGAAUGCAAUGAUGACCAAGGACAAGAAGCCAUUCACGUACACCCCUGGAGGGCUGGACCUGUCACAGAUUCGGAGUCCCCGAAUGCAGCGACGAAUCACAAGGAAUGCAAAUGCUGAGGGUGUUGGUGACCAGCCACAGCCUGCAGGCCCCAAGACGUCUUCAUUGGCACAAACUUUGCCACAAGGCCCCCUCCCACCUUCAGCCCUCGCUGCCAUGCAACCACAGAUGCCAGUCCCUGUAUUCCCAACAGCUGGUGUUCAGUUGCACCCUACUCUUGCACCACCCCCGCCACCACCUCCUCCUGGCCCUGCCACUGUAGAACCUCCACCAAACCCUGUCAUCAGGCCAGUACAGAGCCCCGAGUCCCUGAAACCAAAAGCCCAACCAGUAUCACCACCUGUCCAAGUUCAGAAUGAGCCUGGAAGUAUCUAUGUUCCCCCAGUGACAAGCAGAGCACAGGUGGGCUCCUUGUACAUCCCUCCCAUCAACAACAACACCUCGCAGCAGGAGCCAGUGGUGACGUCACCACAACGGCAGCAGACGGCAGCAUCUCCUCUGCCCGCCCUGAACAAAGCACCAACACCUUGGAUGAGUCAACAUCAGCGGAAUCAACAGCAACAGCAACAGCAACAGCAACAGCAUCGUUGUGUCCCAUCCUGGGUGACCCGGGAAGAACCCCAACCCCAGCACUCUGCAGGAACCACUCAUAUAAUUCCUAUACAAGUGGAGGGACGAAAUGAACCUGUCCAGGCACCGCAACAGCCCCAGCCACAGCCCCAACAACAAGGUGCUGUUAAUCAACCCCAUACAAGGAUAAUUCCAAUCCAAAUUGAGGGCUCCCCAACUGUGAUGAACAACACAUCGAACCAAGCCAAGCAACAGAUGCCAGCUCAACAACAGAAAAAACCUGUCUAUGUCCAUAACAAAUUCAACCCUCCAACAUCUCCACAAACACCAGUGUCACCAUCUCCAGUCUCCCACAAUCACAGUGACAAUCAAUCAGAACAGAACUCAAGGCAGUAUCAGCACCAGCAGAGCUGGGGACCUUCUGGAGGCAAUGGUGGCCCCACUCAGUCCCGGUCUUUCCGAGUUCUUCAAAAAAUAACCGACACAGACAACAGCGAAGGUGAUACAGAUGCCCCACUUCAGGAGUAUGGUCCCCCAAACAGUGGAGGAGGUCAGUAUAACAGCCAAGGGGUGCCGUUACAACAGCUGCGAAAGUUACAGCUCAGUGAGGAUGAUCGGGCACUCAUGAACAAGUUCAAGGCUCAAGUGGAUGAAGACAGUUUCCUUCACACUGAGUCGGACCCUAGGUACAGGGGUGCUGCGAUACCUUCAAGAGCUUUUCGCAUGUUGCAGAACAUGACAGAUGGCAGUGCAGACAACAGUGAGCAGGUACCCAGGGGCCCAGCAGUGGUACGUGACCCUCAAUCAAGACCCGUUUCUGUCCACCAGACACCUUCAGAAGAUGGAACACCCCAGGUGUAUAUUCCUCCUUCUGAGCAGCAGGUGCCAGAACCCAGGAAGUACACAGGUGGAGCAAUUCCAUCCCGUUCCUUCAGGAUGUUGCAAGCAAUGACAGCACCUGAGAAUUGUGCAACAGUUUCAUCGUCAGAUGGGCGUGAAACCCCUGCCUCACUCUCUCACCAAGACUAUGAUUGGAAUAAUAGUGGUCAAUGGGCUCAUUAUGACCCUGGUUACUGGGGCCCUGAGGCAUGGUGGGGCUGUUAUCCUCCUCCCACCCCUGACAUUCUUGAGAACAGAGAGCAGUACUGGGCUCCAUACUCAGCAAUGUAUGCUUACAUGGCUGAAAUGAAUGCUGCCUACGGGUUUGCACCAAUUCCUUACCCUUCCAUGUAUUCCUCUCAUAAUUUUGCCUUUCCUAGGCCUGUAAGAUACCGACGUGGAAAUAACAGUGACACAGAUGAAGGUUCGGGGUAUUCGUCUACAGAUGAGAUGGCUUAUUUCGGAGCUAAUUCUGUUCGUGGAACUGUUCCUAUGAUGAACAGUCAGGGUGGUACCCCAAUGUCAGUACACCGCAUGCCACCACCACCACCACCAGCCAUGCCGAGCACUGUAGUUCCUCAGACAUCAAACAGUAAUGGGUCACUAGGGAAGGUCAAUUCUUAUGGCUCCAAGAGCUCUGAGAAAUCAGAUAACACUAUUAAUAAAGAUGUAAAAGUAGAACUGAUAAAUUCACUGAAGCAUGAGACAAGUGUUCCUCGAUCCCCAAGUUCUGUUGAUUUGGAUGCCUAUGAGACUGCAGAAUCAGAUAAAUGUUCCGAUGAUGAAGAGGCCACUACUGACUCCGACACUGAAGUAGAAGAGGAUAAAGAUAAUAAAGAUGGGUUAGGUUCAGGACAGCUGCAAGCUAUUUGCUCUGUGUCAGAUAACGUCUAUGUGAAUGAGCUGGGUUCUGAUGAGGAAACUGAUGAUGAUGAUGAUGAUGGUGAUCAAGAGAAGGAGCAUUGCGUGGAGGGAGAGGAGUGCAUUCCUCAUCAGCUGAGCAUCAUAUAUGAAGAGAGUGAACAAAGUGAUGCUGAGAGUGUGCUUCGAUCUGGUAGGGCUACUGGCAGGUGCCCUACCAGAACUAGUAGCAGCCUCACUACCAGUGAGGAUGGGGACAGCUCCACGACGCUAGACAAUGGUGACGAUGAGAGUGACGGUGAUUUUGAUGUUCUUGAUGGCGAAUCUUCCACAGUAACUGUGCGUCUGCCACUUAAACUGAAAUUUAGUCGUUCUGAAAAUGAUGAAGAAGUGACCACUGUUAUUGUGGGGGAUAGCCAGGUGAAGCGACAAGAAACUGUGGACACUGCAACUCCUCCAUUUACUGAAGAGGAUGAACAUGUGAAGAAAAGGGACAAGGAACCAAUACAGGAAGAAAAAGAAGCUAUAAAGGAGAAAGAGGAAGGAGGAGGUUGCACUGAUAUUUCAGUAACUCUUUGCUUUCCUAAAAAAGCAGAUUUGAGUGAGAGAGUUGAAGAAUGGAGACGAGAUAUGAGCCAAUAUGCUGGAAAGAAUUUGAUUAAUACGAACAAUGAUAAUGUAAUAACAUGCACAAAUUCGCCUACCAAAUCAGGUAAAGAUACCGGGAAAUUGGGACCCAAAAUGGUAGGUGAUGCUCCACAACAAACAACUUUGGAUGAAGCAGAUGUUUACGAGACAGCAGAGUCUGACUCAGAUGUGUCUGUAUGUCUGUCACUGCCCCUAAGGAAGCGGUCACAGAGAGGAUUUGGCUUUGAGAGUAUUAGUAAUAUAUCAGAGGAAGAAGACGAGGAAGUUGGGAAAGCUUCCAGCCACUGUGAGGAUGACUCUAGUAGCACUACUAGUAUCCAAACAGUUCGACUAACAUCAGGAUCACGAGGAAGGUCAAGUGGAAGUGAAAUAGAGACUCCAGCCACUGAUGAAGGAGAUGAAAGUUCUGUAAACAAGUUAGUCGGCUCAACUGAAAAUUGUCAGACAGAAAUAAGUACCCCAGAAUGUGCUCUAGAGAAUAAUAUGAAAAGCACUGGGGCACAGGAUCAAAGUACGGAGAGUGAGAGUGAUGAUGAUGAAGAUGAUGAUGAUGAUGAGGAGGAGGAGGAGGAGAGCUCAGAAAGUGGCAAUACCACCACAAGGAGAAGCUGUAUCAACAGUAAAGAAGUCAACUCUAAGAGAGGCAGGAAGAACUUUUUGACCUCGCUGCUUAAUGAAGAUAUGACCACUGAAAAGGAGAUGGAUAAUGAAGAUGGUGACAGUGAAAAAUCAGAUAACAGCCAAAAUGAAAAAGAGCAUGACAUCAUUCAAAAGAUCUAUGAUCUGUGCACAGAGCCAGAGAAGGUAUUUCUGAAAGACAUUAAGCAAAGACAUGCUGUUACAAGCAAGGGAAAAGAUGUGGGAUUUAAUAAAGAGCAGAGUGAUGCAGAUACAACACAGAAAUUAAUAAGAAAUGAAAAGGAGCAGCAGACUUCCAAGCCGCAAGAAGAGAGCGAGGAGGAUGACUCUGGUGUCACCUCUGACAUGAGCCGCCCCAUUUCUGAUGCUGACACCGAAUCAGAGGCUGGCCGAGGUGAACAAGGUCACCUGAUGAAAUGUCAGCGUGCGUCCACACAUUCAAGGCUCUUCAAGUUGCUACAGGACGAAUGUGGGAAGAGCGACGAUGAGGAAGAGGAGGGUGCUGCCAUGAAGUCUCGGCGGGAGAACCUAACUCUGCCCCUCUGCAAUACCAAUGUCAGUGACCCUGACAGCUUGUCCUCAUCAUCUGGGGUGGCAUCACCUGCCUCCCCCACAGUGACAGAUCGAUUAGUUAAAGAGCUUGUGCAGAGUUUGCUGCAGAGGAAGAAAGGGCGGCGCUUGAAGAAGCUGCCCCUUGCCAAGUUGCAUGCUGCUGCUCUUAGGAUAUUGCAGGAAGAUAUGGACCCAUAUGAUACUGGAAGUUCUGAAGACAGUUCUGGUAACCAUGCCUACCUCAUGCCUACACAGACACAAGGCUCUCAUCAUUCCAAGAACACUGCCAACUACCCCAUGCCACCACAGGAGGUGAUGUAUGGGGAUAAAUACUAUGACUACUGUGAUUACUACGAUUCCUGGGCCAAUGCAGCCUCCUAUUAUGGCAAUGAUGCUUGCAGUGGAUUUGAGUAUGACAUCGUGCCAUCCAGGGCAUUUAAGCUGCUCUCAGAGCAUGCUCAACCUGGAGGAUUUAGCUCUGGCAUCAUCAAUGGCCUGUGGGCAAAGUGUCCAAGGAUACCGAGUUCCAAAAAUGUGCCAAAAUAUUUGACAGAUGAUACUGAUAAGACUGACCCUGGCUCCCCUUCCUACCCUGCACCUCCCUCUCAAUCAGCCCCAGCCUCUGCUCGAGCCACGUGAUGAGUGAGGCACAGAGAGAGCGAGUGAGAGAGAGAUUACACGCACGUUCCUCCCACACACGUUCGAUUGAACGGUUCUCUGGAGAGAUGUUUUUGAUAGACAUAUGAGAUGUCUGUAGAAGGUCAAAUCCAGGAGGUCCAGGACAGUCAGAUAUGUGAAGAUGAUGUAAGACAAAACUCCGCUACAUCAUGUGUGAACAAAGGAUGGAACAAAAUGGCCACUGAAUCUGAAGAUGAUGGUGUGUCAUCUGUCACUAGUUGCUAACACACAAACACAGUUGGUGUACUUCUAUCUGUAAAUGUUGUGCUACAUGACCCCGUGCUUCACAAUAGGGCUCCUUUGAAUGCUCCUUAGCAUUUUACUAACACAUAUACUUUAAACUGCGAUCUCUUUCACAGAGAAAAUGACGUGUAAUUUUAAAUAUUUUUGAGGAUGUUUUUAUUGGUUUUUGGAAACAUUUUUUUGUGUUCAUAAAAAUCAGUCACUAUCUUGAACACUACCGCUUGUGUGAACUCAUGAUGUAGAUUACAGUUCAGGGCAUGAUACUUUGCAUCUGACAAAUAAUAUUUUUGUUGUAAAUGUAGAUUAUGUUAAUGUGCCUUUCAUUUACUAAUAUCAUGCUAUGAAUGUUAAUGAAUCACUUUCCCACUGUUACCUUAAAUAUGGCUAUAACUUCAACGUUCUGUAUAAUUUUUAGUGAUUUAAUUCUGAUGCUGCCAAGCCUAGUGUUACAGGCUAUACAAGAAUAGAUUUUAAAGGGUUCUGACAAUGGUGUAUAACACUCAGAAAUACUGAGGUUUUGGACUUUGUGAUUGAGGUUAGCUCUUUCCAAGGAACUCAACAGAAUAGGUGUCUCCCCAUCACCUGAGGAUGGAAAUAGAUCUAAUUGUGUUCUCUAGUGUUUAGAAUACCUGACAAUGGACAAAGUAAAAAAAUUAUGUAAUUCUGAGUAUACAAGUAUGGUCAGGCUUUUCUGUAGGGAUCAAAAUGCUGAAAGAAAAAUAUUUUUUUGCAUGACUAUGCGGUCUGAAUUGUACACAACAGAAAACCAACCUGUUAAGUGUCAGACAGGGAUUACCCCUACAGUUCACUUGGUUUAUUGGCAGGGAAAUGGUUAAUUCAUCAUCAAGAUUAAAAAAUAAUAUAUUGGCACCAUGAACACAAUCUUUAAAUGGAUGUCAGAAAUAAAAACUCUGUAAAAAGAAAUCUUAUGUAGAUUUAUAACAGAAAAUGUCCCAUAGAUAUAAUAACUUAAGGCUGUUCAUACUAUGACACAUUAUUUUUUUCCUAACUACAGCUAUGACUGUAACAGGUGGGCUAGGAGUCUUUCUUUCAGAAAAAGCUUGUUGUAUGAUUUUGUUUACAUCAUAUGUAUAUAACAACAUUACGUAUCUUGCCAAAAGGCUUAUAAAGCAGAUAGUAAUAUAUUUUUCUGCACCAUAAUUAUGCUUUAGCUCUGAAUCAUUUCAGUUUCAGUCAUUUCAACUCUUUUUUUCUUAUGGUAAAACUGUUCAACCUUGCACACAGACAGCUGUAAUUGUUUUAACUUCCUAAAGUAAGUAAAAUGUGUCUUAGAUAAUUUGAGAUAAAAAUGCAGGAUUUCAGGGUUGAAGUGCUGAAUGGAAGUCUAAAUUAUAACACUCAAGUGAAUGUUGGCUAAUAAACUUUUAUACUAACAGUGAAAGGCUUCAGUAACUUUCAAAGUUUGUAAUUUUAACAGUUCUGCAAUAUUUUUUUUUAACAAUUUUAAUCAUUCACGUUUACAAUGUAAGUGAACUGAAAAGUGUACUUUUAGAAAUAGCAAUUUAAAGAGACAUUUUAUGUCUGAAUGCAGUAUUUUGAGUUACAUUAUUUAAAAUGUUAUUGCAAUUUGAACUCUGCAGUCACUUGAAUGUAAAAUAUGUUCAGUAUCUGUAUUUUUUGGAUUGUUCUGUUUAGAGGUCUGAACCACUUUAAUAGUUUACACAUUAGAUAGACCAGUGAGACCUAUGUGCCAACAUUGUUACCAUAACUGCUCAUGUAAGGUGUUCACCAACAAAAGUUAAUUGACGACUGGUCUGAACAGAACCAAUGGUGUUAGCAGACUUCACAAUUUAUUUCAAAUAUUUCAAAUGCUUAAUAUGAUUUACAGACUUGAAGAUAAGUCAACAAUGUCAGAUGUAUCAUGUUUGGUAUCUAGUGAUCCAAAUGCAACCUAAGAAAUGUACGAGUACAUUCUGGAGGAGAAUCUUCCCUCCACAAAAUUUUAAUUCAUGUGUUACUUGCAUGAAAAAAUAAAUAUGUUUGUGUUAUCUCACCUGUAGGUAGGUAUGAUCUUUAAGUAACAAUGGAAAUAUGGUUGGCUAAAUCAGCGAUUUUACAAUGACUUGUGUACUAGCUUAGAACUCUGAGCAAGUACUUAAGUCGGCUGGGGAAAAAAUGGUUAUAAGGUAAUAUUUUGUUGAAACUGGAAACCUGCUAUUUUACGUUCAGCCAAAUGUUUGAAAAUUUGAUACUCAUCAUUUAAAUAUGUUCUAGGAUUGUUUUUUUUUAGUUGUGCUGCUACUGUGUAGUUUUCUUUGUGGCUACCGACAUUUCACAGAAACUUGAAGAUGUAGUAGACAGCAUGUUCUCCUGAAAUGUUGGUACCUCUCCCAAAACUAUACAGUAUCACAACCCAGAAGACCACAAUCUUAAAAAUAACUGCUGUGUAAAUCUUAGAACUCAUAUAAAUACAUUCUGUUCCUACAUAUAUUAAUAUGCAAUACAGUACAUGUUGUAAGUCAGAGAAAUGGUGAAGAAAAUCACUGUAUGCACUUUCUGUCUGGUAUCACUGGAAUGUACAACGAUGGUACUAAGAUACCACUUUACACAAGCACUCAGUUCAGGAACCCGGUGAUCUGUUCACAACAAAUCUAUUUGCUGUUCAAGUGACAUCCUACCACAUCCCUUUCAAUUUCUUAUGAAAGUUGGUGAUCAUCAAUGAUGUAAGAAUAUUUUUUUCUUGAAGUUUUAUAUAUGUUACUUGUUAAAUAGUGGUGGUUUGUCGUCCCUUUUCCUGUUCUGCUCUUUGUAAUUUUGUGAAAUUACUGUGUGCCUUGUACAAGACAUUUAUAAUAAAGGUGAGAAAAUGUGGAUUUAU